GAUUCGUCCAAUCAGACACGUCGAUAGUCUGUGACCGGAAGACGGCACUCACUGUUAACAGCACAUUCUCAAACUACUGUGAGGAUGUCCUGUAACAGCAAUGUGAUCCGUGUUCUGCCACCGGUGGGGCAGGAACAGAGAGUCCCAGUCCACCUGAUGCCCUGUGAGAUUGAACACAACGGGUCAGCACAGGUCUCAGAAUACUUCACUGCCACCAUGAAAGACCGCAAGCAUGAGAAGACAGUGUCAUUUAGGGGACGUGGGUUAAAGGGGCAGGAGCUCAGCUGUCCACAAGGCUACACUGGUCUUGUAUUGAAAGAGGUCAACAAACCCGGCUCAGACCAGGAGGACCGUACAGUGAGGAUUUCCUCUGUUUUUAACAAACUCACCUACUGGAACCUGGAAACGCCUCCAAACUCUGAUGAUACAAUCGUGAUGGCAAUGGACUGGCCUGAGCUGGCUGAAGCAAUCCAUGGACCAGUAGACGACUAAUUAGAAAAGAUGUGUUAGGAAUUCAAUGUGUACAUCACUGGCCAUCGAUUAAUGGAAAGGGUCAUGAAGUGACUAGUCUGACAAGUCUUUUUUUUUUUUUUAAUUUGUAAAAGGCAUAUUUUGUUGUAUUUUUGUGCAUAUUCCAUUUUUGUCAAGUUCAAAGUAAAAGCUAAUGCUGACUAAUGUGUA